UGAAAAGCGGAUGCUGCUGGGAGCUUCCCCCGCCACCGCACCCAUCAGAGGAGGAGUGGGCUGGGUGGAAUCCCUUCUCUUGUAGGCUUUGUUACCAAAGAGACCGCUCCUCCUGGUUUGAUAGACAGAGCUGCUCACCGGUUCCUCGAAAGACUAUCAAAAGACUUGAUUGCAUUUUGGGCAGACAUGGGCUGGGGUGUAGCUGUGUUGCUUUUGGAAAUUCGUUGCUGAGUUAGCUUGCUGGCUGUUCUAAUUUCUAAGACGCUAUGGCUAAGCAGUAUGAUGUGCUCUUCCGACUCCUGCUUCUCGGAGAUUCGGGGGUUGGAAAAACAUGUUUAUUAUGCAGAUUCACGGACAACGAAUUUCACCCGUCUCACAUUUCCACAAUCGGAGUCGAUUUCAAAAUGAAGACGCUAGAGAUAGACGGCAUCAAAGUGCGGAUACAGAUUUGGGACACAGCAGGACAGGAGAGAUAUCAGACCAUCACUAAGCAGUACUACAGACGAGCACAGGUAUGAUAACUACUAUCCCUCAUGAUAUUGCAGGUACGAGGUCAGAUCAGGUAAGAUAACUACUAUUCCUCAUGAUAUUGCAGGUACGAGGUCAGAUCAGGUAAGAUAACUACUAUUCCUCAUGAUAUUGCAGGUACGAGGUCAGAUCAGGUAAGAUAACUACUCUCUCUUCCUGGUGCUAGUUAGUGUCAUAGUAACAGUUUCCUGGUGCUAGUUAGUGUCAUAGUAACAGUUUCCUGGUGGUAGAUAGUGUCAUAGUAACAGUUUCCUGGUGCUAGUUUUAUUUAAAUAUUUUACCUUCGAUCCAGCAACCUUUCCGUUACUGGCCAACACUCUAACCACUCGGCUACCUGCAACCCUAUUUAGUGUCAUAGUAACAGUUUCCUCCUGUCCACUCACCACCCUUAUCACCCAUGGAUACUAUAAUAC